UAUACAAUAAAAGGUUACAAUUUUACAAUAAAAAAUAAACCAGUGAUGUUAUCUGUUAUCUGGGACUUGUGGGAGGGAAAUUCUCUCCCAUAUCACUGAAAUACACUUAAACAAAAUUAAUAAAUAAACGAGCGGAGCGAGCAUUGCGAGCAAGUCCCACGCGCCAUUGUUGAUUGUGAAUUGUGAUUGUUCUAGUAAACAUAAAACAUUCUAAACUUUAUAUAAGUGUAAUAAAAUGGAAGUAAAACAAGAAAUUACGGAGGAAACAUGCAAAAUAGAAAUAGAGUAUAAUGACUUUGAUGAUGCUCUUUUGGAUAACUUUAAAUGUGAAGUUCAGUCCAACAACCAGGACACAUGUGAUUCUGAUUCUGUAGACUUGAAGAAAUGUCCCAUGAUUAAUGAAAUAGAACAACAUGGAAAUAAACUCAACCCAUUUGAAGAAGACCAAAUAACUGAAAAAGGUUAUCUCCGAAAUGAAAAUAAAAUGAAAAUUAUGGAAAAACUCGUUGAAGAUUCAUCUUAUAAAGGAAAUGAUAUGAGUCCACACACUGAAGGAAAAAUAUCAAGUAGAAAUAUGAAAGUAGCGACUGAAAAAAGACCUUAUAAAUGUGGAAUUUGUUCUAAGCAGUUUUCUCACAAAUGUUUUUUGAAAAGACAUUUGAGAGUACAUACUGGAGAAAAACCAUACAAGUGUGAAAUUUGUUUUAAACAGUUUAGCCAAGCAAGUCAAUUCAAAACACAUUUGAGAGUACAUACUGGAGACGAACUUCCUAAGUGUGAAAUUUGUUUUAAGCAAUUUAGUGACGCAAGUAUCUUGAAAAGUCAUAUGAGAGUUCACACUGGAGAACAAGAAUACGAGUGUGAAAUUUGUUGUAAGCAAUUUAGUGAAGCAUCUAAUGUGAAAGUGCAUUUGAGAGUUCACACUGGAGAAAAACCGUACAAGUGUGAAAUUUGUUUUAAGCAGUUUAGUGAAGCAGGUGCUUUGAAAGGACAUUUGAGAGUACACACUGGAGAAAAACCUCACAAGUGUGAAAUUUGUUUGAAGCAGUUUAGUCAAGCAGGUGUUUUGAAAAUACAUUUGAGAACACACAGUGGAGAAAAACCAUACAAGUGUGAAAUUUGUUUUAAGCCGUUUAUUGAUGCAACUAAUUUGAAAAAACAUUUGAGAGUCCACACUGGAGAAAAACCUCACAAGUGUGAAAUUUGUUGUAAGCAGUUUAGUCAAUCAUCUAAUUUGAAAAAACAUUUGAGAGUCCACACUGGAGAAAAACCUCACAAGUGUGAAAUUUGUUGUAAGCAGUUUAGCCGCGAGUAUAAUUUAAAAACACAUUUGACAGUACAUACUGGAGAAGUACCGUAUAAGUGUCAAAUUUGUUUUAAACAGUUUAGCCAAGCAAGCCAAUUCAAAACACAUUUGAGAGUACAUACUGGAGACGAACUUCCUAAGUGUGAAAUUUGUUUUAAGCAAUUUAGUGACGCAAGUAUCUUGAAAAGUCAUAUGAGAGUUCACACUGGAGAAAAACCAUACGAGUGUGAAAUUUGUUGUAAGCAAUUUAGUCAAGCAGGUGCUUUGAAAAGACAUUUGAGAGUACACACUGGAGAAAAACCUCACAAGUGUGAAAUUUGUUUUAAGCAGUUUAGUCAAGCAGGUGCUUUGAAAUUACAUUUGAGAGUACACACUGGAGAAAAACCUCACAAGUGUGAAAUUUGUUUGAAGCAGUUUAGCCAAGCAGGUGUUUUGAAAGUACAUUUGAGAACACACAGUGGAGAAAAACCAUACAAGUGUGAAAUUUGUUUUAAGCCGUUUAUUGAAGCAACUAAUUUGAAAAAACAUUUGAGAGUCCACACUGGAGAAAAACCUCACAAGUGUGAAAUUUGUUGUAAGCAAUUUUCUCAGAAAAUUAGCUUGAAAUCACAUUUGAGAUUGCAUACAUGAAAAAUUUCUUUUAUAUAAUUUGGAUCAGUAUAUCAUUUGAAACAACAUACUUCUUAAGGUGCCUUCUACAUUACUGAACAUUGGCUAUAACUACAGCAAAUUGCUCUCUAUCUUGAGCUGUUUGUAGUAUCGAAUGUGAGUACAUGCCUAUCCAGUCUCUUACAUUCUUCAGCCACAAGCAUUUUCUUCUUCCUGGACCUCCUUUUCCUUCCACUUUCCCUUCCACUAUAAGUUGUAAAAAGAUGUAUCUUUCUCCUCUGUAAAUGUGUCCUAGGCAACUCGUUUUUCUGUUUUUGCUAUAUUUAGCAGUUCUCUGUCAGUCCCCAUUCAUCUCAUCACCUCGUUGUUAGUCACGUGACCUGUCCAAGAGAUCUUCAGCAUCCUUCUAAAAACCCACAUCUCAAAGGCUUCUAUACGCCUCAUACUUGUAAUUCGGAGAGUCCAUAUUUCCACUCCAUAUAGCAAUAUGGAAUAAAUGAAUGUUUUUACAAAUUGGUGUCGGAUAUCCAAUGAUAAGGUAGAUUAGAGGAGGAAAGUAUGCUAAAGUUGCAGUUACUCGAGCGUUAUGUGGACCUAUUGGGUUGUGAAGAUUAGGUACUAAAAGCAAAAAAGUUAAGUUUUCCAUUUAAGUGGAAGUUUUUAAGUUUUAAUUUAAUUUUCCAUUUCCAACAAUCCUUUUCUCCGAUUAUAGCGCUAUCUAUCCAUAAUUGGAAAAAUGUCUCGAAUAAAAGUUCCUUAUUUUUACGUAAGAAAUCCAUAUCUGCAAUAAAAUGGGGGCUUCUAUUUAAGAUUUUAAAAUAACAACCCACCCCAAGUCCGUGGGGGGGGGGGGGGGGGGGCGUGUUUGGUACCAUUCGAUAAUUUUUUCAAAAAUAUUAAAUACGUGUAUUUUGCAGUUUUUCGAUCUGAUUUCGCGAAAUAUCGCGGUGAUCCUAUUUAAAAUUUUAAAUUUACCCACCACCGCUUUCCGUGGGGGGUCGUGUUUAGUAUAAUUCGAUAGAACACGUAUUUUUGAGUUUUUCGAUCUGACGUUUAUUUCUCGAAAUAUUCGCUUUUUAAACGCUUUUAUUUAGUUCAAUCGUUUGCGUCAAAUCUUUAGACGUUAAUUUGACUGCCUUUUCUUCAAAGCCGAAACGCGUCCUUUUAUAUGUUUUUUAACAAUAAUAAAUAACCUUGUGGUACAUCUUCGAGUUUUUUUGUAAUUGGUUUACCUCGAGACCACAUUUGAGUAAGUAUGGAUACUUCUCUUCAUGAAAAAAAUGUUGGUUAAAAAAAUGAAAAAAUCUAACACACUCGUUAAAGAAAAGCGUGGGGCGCGUCUUCGUCGAAUAAACGGUUUGAGGAUAGCGCCCCACACUUUUCUUUAACGAGUGUGUUAGACUUUUUCAUUUUUUUAACAAACUUUUUUUUUUCGAAUAAUCCUUCUAGCUUGAGUUUUUUAUUCUUUGCUUUUUAGUUAAUUUUUUUAUAAUAUUUUAAAUUUUAGUCACUCAUAACUAAAGAAAAGCAUUUCUUAAAAAUGUUUUUUUUUUCAUAUUUUUUUAUUUGUUGUUCAACUUUGUAAUUCACCCAUUUCCUUACGUCCCGCUCAAACCCUCAGAUUUUUAAAAUAUACACUGUUCUGUAUGUACUUAACUUACCUUAUCUUAAUCUGACGAUUCGAUUUUUUUUAAGGAUAGAAAUUCUUUUUCGGGCCCCCCUUAACGAACUCCCCUGUAUUAAGAUUCAAAAUAUAGUAGGGAUACAUUUACAGGGUACAAGGUUUCUUCUGAUUUGAUAAUCUGACGCGCUCGAGUAACUGCAAAAAUUCCCGAUUGGGCUCCCCUACCAUUAAUUAUGAAUUUUUUCAUUCUUCGAAAAGCAGACCUAGCAUACUCUAUAUUAUGAGCACGUAUUUCGACCUCGUGGUCAAGAUCGUUUGUUAUCUAUCUAUCGGAUUCUAUCUGUUUGUUAUUGAUACGAUUAAUAUCGGCAUUUGGUGUACGUAUAACAGCCAUUAUGUACUUUUGUUUUAUUUGUGUUUGUAUUCAGCCCCAAGCUAUCUCCCUCUCUUAUGACAUUCAAAAUUCGUUGCAAACUCUCAGUGUUUCUAUGAGUUCUGUGUUGCACUCAAUCAAACGCUUUUUCGAAGUCGAUAAAACAGAGAAACAUGUCUUUUCCUUUUCACUGAUCUCGGCAUUUUUGUAGUAAUAUUUGGAGGCCAAAUAACGCCUCCCGUGUACCAAGCCUCCAUACGAAAUACAAAUUCAUUGUCGCUCAAUUUUCUCUCAUAUUCUCUGUAUAUACGUUAAUGUACAAUUUUGAGUAAAAUUUUCAGAAAAUGACUCAUCAGGCUAAUUAAUCUAAACUGUGAGCAUCUAUUUGCUUUAUUUUUCUUGGUUAUAGCCGUUAUAGGUAUAUAUGUCGAUCUAAGCCAGUCUUCUGGGAAGAUUCCAGUGGUAUAUAAACAACAAGUACAUACAUAUAAACAACAUACAAAAAGGCAAAACUGGACUAAAAUGAAAACUAUACCUAAAGAACAAGAAAUGUUAGGUAUGUUGGUGUAGUAUGAUAUAAAUCAGGUUUUACUUUUCUGAGUGUUUGUGACAGAUGAACUUUAAAACUUUUAAUCUUAGAAACAGAAUCAGUAUCUCUGGGAUGUUCAAAAACUUGCUUUAAAUCAGGUGUAAGGCUACUUUUGUAAUAUGUAAUAUAAUAUAGUUAUAUAAUGUCAA